AUGUCGGUCGCCUUUACAUCUGGUAGGAGUGAUGGCUUCUCCGCCACAUCGAUUUGGGGCCCGUCUUUAGUCGCGAGGGCAGCAGCAACGGCUACCAUCGCUGUAGGAAGAGGCGACGGGCAUACGUUCAGCCCCGACAACGUAAAGGUCAAUCCCGGAGACGUUGUCAAGUUCGAGUUCUUUCCGGCAAAGCAUGCGGUCGCCAGGGCCGAGUAUGUGUUCCCAUGCGUCCCAUACGAGUCCACCGGCGCGGGCAAGACGGGCUUCUUCUCCGGCUUCUUCAACUCCAAGGAAGAGAGCAACAACCCUGAGUCAUGGAGCAUCACGGUCAAUGACACCAAUCCGAUAUACUUCUACGACUCCGCACCGCGGUUGUGCCUCGAGCACACGAUGGUUGGUGUGAUAAACCCGGAGGACGAUGGUUCCAUAUACCGGCAGAAGGAUGCUGCGCGUAACACCAAGGAAUAUCGCAGCCCAGGGGCAGAUACGACGGCGGAACAGAAGCCUGCGGAGGCAAAGCCGGCUGAAGGGUCGUCGGUUGCUUCUUCUUCUUCUUCUUCUCCACUAUCGCCAUCACCAAACUCUUCGGAAGGCUCGUUAGCCGUCGCUGCUUCGAACCUUCCAGCUCCGCCUUCCGGCUCAGCCGGUUCAUCAUCUACAUUAGUCUCUACUUCAGGAUCUUCCUCGUCAGUACUUCCGUCUUCCAACACUACUGAAGCCACUUCCAGCGCUUCAAGCGCGGCACCUUCAUCCGGCAUCUCAGCGUUAGCAUCUCCCUCUCUAUCAUCUUCUUCGUCUUCAUCAGCAUCCGCAUCUCCAAAAGAGACAUCCUCGCUGACCUCGUCAAGCGCCUCCCCGAAAUCGGCCUCCACAACCACCUCCCCCAAACCUCUCACCAAGCCCGGCACUCUCUCCACCGGAACCAUAGCCGGCAUCGCAGUCGGUGGCCUCGCAGCCACCGCCCUCCUCCUGACCCUCCUCUUCCUCUUCCGCGCCCGCCUCCUCGCCCUCCUCCUCUCCCUCGUCCGCCGGCGCAAAACCCGUCGUCGCACCCGCUCCACCUCGCGCAGCCCAAACGCCAACAACGCAGACGAGGAGCCGCCCGGCAGUCCGAUGUCUUUUCACGACCGCGCGGCGCCGGAUAGCUUUCCAUGGGCCAACACGCCAGCGUUCGUGGCGCCGCAGCAGCAGCAGCAGCAGCUGAGGGCGAGCCGGGCGAGCAGUCGUGUGCAGGACGAGCUGCAUUUUUCGGAGGAGGUGGAGAGGGCGUUGCCGCCGAUACGGGUGGUGGGACAUAGGAAGAGGGGUUCGGAUUCGACGUUGAGUCCUAGGACGCCGAGGAGGGCGGAAUUUUAA